AUGUGGGGAAACACAAUCGACGGUGAGGCUAUUCGCCGAACCCAGUCGGCGACAGUGAGGGAUUCUGCACCGCCGGUGCACCCUCAUCACCGAGAAUUGACCCAAUCCCAGCAGCUGGACGAUGAGGAAAGCCGCAUUGGCGGCACUGGAAGCGAAGACGGCGCCGGUGAAGGAACCUGGGGAGAGCAAGACGUGAACAAACUCAACGAACACGAUGCCAUCGAGGCAUACGAGGCUCUCGGGCGUGACCUUGCAGACUUGCAUCACACUCGGACUGUCGACUCGCAGGCCAGCAAAGGCCGCGGGAUUUUAGGGCGUAUCGGCUCUGGGGUUGCUGCAGUACGGACGAAAUCACAAGCGCCGGAGCACGAAAAGGAUGACGGCAGUGAAUCGACCGAAAGAGACGACGAGUUCGACCUGGAGGGCUUCAUGCGCGAAGGGCAUUUCGAGAAACGCACGGAAGCAGCAGGCUCCCUCAAAAAGGUUGGAGUGGUGUACGAAAACCUCACUGUUAAGGGGGUGGGCAGUACCUCAACCUUUGUCAGAACCGUUCCAGACGCCGUCAUCGGGACAUUUGGUCCAGAUUUGUACAACAUCUUGUCCCGAUUUUUGCCAUUCCUCCGCUUCAACAAGCCCCCGACGCGAGACCUAAUCCGAGACUUUACGGGCGCUGUCAGAAAUGGCGAGAUGAUGCUCGUUCUUGGCAGGCCAGGAUCAGGCUGCAGCACGUUCCUGAAAGCCAUCAGCAACAAAAGGGAUUCAUUCGCCGGCGUCCAGGGAGAUGUUUCUUAUGGUGGUAUUUCAGCCGAGAAACAAAAGAAGCAGUAUAGGGGCGAGGUCGCCUACAACGAUGAGGAUGAUAUCCAUUUUGCCACUCUCAGCGUGUGGAGGACCCUUACAUUUGCUCUGAUGAACAAGAGCAAGAAAGCCGUCCGAAAAGAUAUUCCCACCAUUGCUAAUGCCUUGAUGAAGAUGUUUGGCAUCAGCCACACCAAGCACACCCAAGUUGGUGAUGACUUCGUUCGUGGUGUGUCCGGUGGCGAGAGGAAACGAGUCUCCAUCGCAGAGACACUUGCCUCGAAGGCAACUGUAAUUGCGUGGGACAACUCAACUCGAGGGCUCGACGCAUCUACAGCGUUGGAUUAUGCCAAAUCUCUUCGCAUCAUGACUGAUGUCAGCAACCGGACUACUUUGGUGACCCUUUACCAGGCUGGUGAGGGUAUUUAUGAGCUCAUGGACAAGGUCCUGGUCAUCGAUCAGGGCCGGCAAAUCUACUCUGGUCCUGCCAACAAGGCCAAGCAGUAUUUCAUUGAUCUCGGGUUCGAGUGUCCGGAGCGCCAAACAACCGCCGACUUUUUGACCGCUGUGACGGAUGCCAACGAGCGCCGCUUCCGACCAGGCUUCGAACACCGGGCUCCCAAGACUGCUGAGGAACUGGAGUCGGCCUUCCGCAACUCUGCGAAUUACAAGGACCUGCUUGCUGAGGUGUCUUCAUACAAGGACGAACUGCAUAAAUCUGAUUAUGCCGAUGCUAAAGAGUUUGAAGGAGCUGUUCAGGAAUUCAAGUCAAAGCAUGUUUCGGAUAAAUCACCGUACACAAUCCCAUUCUACAGGCAAGUACUGGCUUGCACCCAAAGGGAGGCCUGGUUGCUUCUUGGGGACACGACUGCGCUUUGGACAAAACUGUUCAUCAUCGUCGCCAAUGGUCUGAUUGUAGGCUCACUGUUCUACGGACAACCUACAAAUACCGAGGGUGCAUUCUCUCGUGGAGGCUCCGUCUUCUUCUCGAUCGUCUUCCUCGGUUGGCUCCAGCUAUCUGAGCUCAUCAAGGCUGUGUCCGGCCGUGCUGUCGUCAGCCGCCACAACGAAUAUGCCUUCUAUCGGCCGUCCGCAGUAUCUCUGGCAAGAGUUCUUCUCGACCUCCCGGUGAUUUUAGUCCAAGUCAGCAUCUUUAACAUCAUCAUGUACUUUAUGAUGCAGCUGGACGUCAGUGCCAGCAAGUUUUGGAUCCACUUCCUGUUCGUCUACACCACGACAGUCAUGAUCACAGCCAUGUAUCGCAUGUUUGCCAGUCUGUCACCAGAGAUUGACACUGCUGUUCGAUUCUCAGGUCUGGCGCUGAACCUGCUUCUCAUUUUCACCGGCUAUGUCAUUCCGAAGACACAGCUGCUGAAAGACUACAUCUGGUUCGGAUGGCUAUACUGGGUCAACCCAAUCAGCUACGCUUUUGAGGGCGUUCUCACGAAUGAGUUGUCAAAUCGUCUGAUGGAUUGUGCCCCAAGUCAACUAGUACCGCAGGGGCCCGGAGUCUUGCCUGAGUACCAGGGAUGCGCCAUUACAGGAGCAACGAUAGGCUCGCACCAGGUCUUGGGCAGUGACUACUUGCAGUCCAUGUACGACUACAGCCGUUCCAACCUCUGGAGAAACUGGGGCGUUAUCGUCGCGUUUGGUGUCCUCUAUGUCCUCGUGACAAUCUUCGCAACCGAAACAAUCAACUUUGCAUCUGGCGUCGGCGGCGGGGCUCUCAUCUUCAAGAAGAGCUGGAAAGCCACAAAGAAGGUCCAGAAGGCCAAUGUGCCCGCUGACGAGGAGAAUGCCGCCGUGGAGUCUUCCUCGGCCACCCUGAAUGAAACGACCAGGUCCAAUUCUCGCGAUCUAGAUGACGAACCACUUGACCAGCUCACAGAAAGCAAGUCUAUCUUCACAUGGCAAAAUCUCGAGUACACUGUCCCAUACCAGGGCAGCGAGAGGAAACUUCUCAACAAGGUCAGCGGGUAUGCCAAGCCUGGUGUGAUGGUCGCGCUGAUGGGUGCAUCUGGUGCUGGCAAGACCACUCUGCUCAACACUCUAUCACAGCGACAGAGUGUCGGCGUCGUCAGCGGUGACAUGCUUGUUGAUGGCCAAGCUCUUGGUCCUGACUUCCAACGAAACACGGGUUUCUGUCUGCAAGGUGACUUGCACGACACCACCCAAACUGUACGCGAGGCCAUCGAAUUCUCAGCUCUUUUACGACAAGAAGCUUCCAUUCCCCGAGAGGAGAAGCUGGCUUAUGUCGAUAAGAUUAUUAAUCUGCUAGAGCUGGAGGAACUGGAGGAUGCCAUCAUCAUCUCACUUGGUGUGGAACAACGCAAGCGGCUGACGAUCGGCGUCGAGCUUGCUGCGAAGCCAUCCUUGCUGCUUUUCCUUGACGAGCCUACAUCUGGGCUGGAUUCCCAAUCCGCCUACUCUAUUGUCCGGUUUCUCAAGAAACUUAGCAGAGCAGGCCAGGCCAUUAUUUGCACAAUCCACCAACCCUCUUCUGUCCUCAUCGAGCAAUUCGACAUGGUUCUGGCUCUCAACCCCGGUGGCAACACGUUCUAUUUCGGCCCCGUGGGCGAAAACGGAAAAGAUGUCAUCGACUACUUCUCUCGUCGUGGAGCAGUCUGCCCCCCUGGGAAGAAUGUGGCCGAGUUCAUUCUGGAGACGGCUGCCAGACCGCAUAAGAGGGCUGACGGCAGCAAAGUAAACUGGAACGACGAGUGGGUUAAGAGCGAAGAAGCCCAGCAGGUCCUCGCAGAUAUCGAGCACUUCAAAAGUUCUCGUUCACAGGAAGUGGCUGCAGGAGGCGCUUCCGCUGACGCUCACAAGACCUUUGCCGCAUCUACCUGGCUGCAGUCUGUUGAAUUGACCAAGCGGAUGUUCAAGCAGUAUUGGCGCGACCCCUCCUACAUCUACGGAAAACUAUUCGUCGCCGUGCUGAUGGGUAUUUUCAACGGUUUCACUUUCUAUCAGCUCGGAAACAGUAUCUUGGACAUGCAAAACCGUGUCUUCACAUGCUUCCUGAUCGCCACAGUUCCACCAACUAUUGUCAACGGCGUCCUACCAAAGUUUUACACCAAUCUUGCACUAUGGCAGGCACGUGAGUAUCCUUCUCGAAUUUACGGUUGGGUCGCCUUCUGUACCGCGAACAUCCUCGUCGAGAUUCCGGCAGCCAUCGUGUCCGCCUUCCUCUACUGGGUCCUCUGGUAUUGGCCCACCGGCAUGCCGCAGGAGAGUUCUGUUUCUGGGUACACAUUCCUGAUGACGGUGCUCAUCUUUCUCUUCAUGAACAGCUGGGGUCAAUGGAUCUGCGCCUUUGCCCCCAGCUUCACAGUCAUCUCCAACAUUCUCCCAUUCUUCUUCGUCAUGUUUGGUCUGUUCAACGGCGUGGUCCGGACAUAUGCCACUCUGCCCGUCUUCUGGAGAUACUGGAUGUAUUAUGUCAACCCCUGUACAUACUGGAUCGGCGGAAUUCUUGCUGCCACCCUCGACAAGCAACCAGUGCAGUGCGACCCGUCGGAGACAGCCAUGUUCAACCCGCCUCCAAACCAGACAUGUCUGGAUUACGCUGGAAGUUUUGCCGAUAUCUCAGGCGGCGCUCUUUUGAAUCCGGAAGCCACGUCUAACUGCAUGUACUGUCCAUUCACCAGCGGCAAUCAAUAUCUCGCCACACUCAACAUCCACGCGGACCAGAAAUGGAGAAAUUUCGGCAUCUUCCUUGCCUUUUGUAUCUCCAACUGGGCGCUGGUGUACUUUUUCAUCUACACUGUCCGUAUCAGGGGCUGGAGUUUUGGAUUUGGAAAGGUGUUUGGGGUGCUGGGCAACCUUGUGGAACAAGUGAAGAGGCCAUUCAAGAAGGCUUCCAAGAAUUAA